AUGUUGGGAAUUUCUAUGGCCAAAAAUAAUGGUUUAUUCAAUAAACUUUCUAGUACAGAAUAUAAACAAGGUUUAUAUAGAAGAACUGUAAAUGAACUGAAGAUUACAAAGCCUUAUAGCAAAAAUAAACAAUUCAAGAAAGAAAUGAUUAAAAGUAACAUGAUUUAUGAUUAUGGUUUAUAUAAUCAAAACACUCGAUUAAGCCAGAAAUGUACUGAUUUGAACAAUAAAUUGGAUGAAAAGAAAAGAUUAAAAUUGGAGACAAUGUUAUCUGCCUUACAAGAUCCAACUCUUUGUGAAGAAUUGAAUAAAUUAGAUAAAUGUCUAAAAG